GUGAAUCGCCCGGUCAAUCGUAAGCAGAUUUUCGUAUUUCUAGAUGCAGUUUGAAAACUGUUCGUGAGUUUUUGUCGUAACUUUGUUUAUUUCGUCUGUAUUUUUAUAUGAUUUUACUAGAAUGAAUAGGCUGAAGAGAAGUUUAAGUUUAAGGAGUUCUAAAAGGCACAUACCGGAAAGUGUAAGGCCACAAAUUUGGGAGAACGACAGCUACAAAGUACGGAAUGGAGGCGUUAGUUUCCCAGUCAAGGUUAGAAUUUAUCGCGAAUUUUUCAUGAGAUUUGUGUUAUUUCGCUUUUAAGGAUUGCAUGGUACUUAACGUUGUGGAAGAGAGCGUUGAAAGACGAUAUUCAAAUCCUCAAUUAAUUCUAAAACUUACUGUUUUAGUAUGUGGGAUCGAUCGAAGUUACCGAGUCCAGAGGAACACAAGUUUGUGCAGAAGCUUUCCGAAAGAUGAAAGAAGUAAGCGGUUGUUUUUUGCAUUGUUUCCAUUUUUCACAGAUACCACAAAGCUUAAACGAGGUCUUCAGCUGAAGCCCUUUUGUCUUAAUUGUUUGAAAUUUAAUAACGUAUUCGUGAAUUCGGUUUCCUUCGGUUAUACUAAGCGAUUCUGCCAGUUGUAUCAAUCUGUACUCGUUUAUUUCAGGUCGGGACAGGGAAAAAGAAGCGAAUGCAGUUGCUUGUCACGGCAGAUUGUGUACGAGUCGUGGACGAACAAACCAAGGUAAGAGAGCCCAAGUAUUUUUUAAGCUUUAAAUUUUUUCGAUCGCGCUGAUGUAACUACGCAAGUAUUCGUAUGUUAUGUGGCAUAUUUAAGAGAGGCAGCGAGUCUGUGAUAUUGUCCGCCUUCGGUCUUUUUUGUGCCCUCUUUUUAUUUUUAAGUCUGUUCUUAGGCGGAUUUUCGUUUCAACGAGGCACGAUAUAUAUAUAUAUAUGAGCAAUACGCAUUAUUAAAUAAUCCAAGAUUUCAAAUGAUCGCAAUCGCGAGUAUUUGACGCGAACUUUUUUGAACGACCUGCGCGGAAAAAUCUAGACUUGAAUGAUAAAAUUCAUCAGCUAAUAUUAGCUGGCUGUCGGAAGUUGUUCCUGUUUUUUGAUAGAAGGCGGAUUUUACGGAAUGCUUUCGUAUUUAUUGAAAAUUGAUGUCUUUGUAUUUCUUUACUUCAUCACGGAUUAAUUUUAUCGAAAGGACCGAAGGUACUUGAAAUAGACUUUCAAUAUGAAGAUAGUCUCUGUUGGAAAUGUUCAUUUAUUUGUUCUCGAUCGCUCUUUGGGUGAUAUUUCACGCAAAGUAUAAUUAUUCCUCUGGUUUUUUUUUCCUUAAAUAUUACCCACCUUAAUACUUUCCUCUCCAAUAAGUCCCUACAUCGCAUAUUUACCUCGAAGCAGCUGAAUUCAAAUAAAAGAGCACCAUAUAUUUACUAUUGAAAUCGUGUUUAGAAAUUGUUGGAUUGAUUAAUUCUCUUCUGAGAAUUGGUAGUCGUUCAGUAGAUUUUUAAUUCGUGUAAUUUGUGUUUUCAGUGAUCAUUUCAACAUGCAACCCACCCAACUUGGUUUCGACAUGUGCUCAUCGUAUGCGUGAAAUACAAUUACUCCAAAUUUUUUUCAUCACGAAUUAUGAUUAAACCAAUUUUCAAAAAACAGACUGAUAUUUAAAUACUUAACCAUGAAAUUUAUUCGAGCCGGAGUCAUCCAGUUUGAUUUAUUUCCUCGAAAUUGCGAAUUAACUAGCGCUUUCGAAAAUUCAGCAUCUUUGAUUGGAAAAUCGACGCUCUGUCAUUCAGUUCUUACCCGAAGUAAAAAUCGAGUUUUUUCAUUCCACCGGGAAGACAUUGCUCCUUUUUUUUUCCUUUUUGAUAGAACUGUCUGCUCUUGUGCUAAGGGUCAUAGGGAAAAUUGUGGACUCUUUUAUUUCUGUCAGAGUAUUAUUAUUCCAUUUUUAUCACACCGUUUCCUCAUUCUUUGUAGAAUUCCUUUCAAUCCAAUUAAGUCACUAGGUUUUUUUUCCUCAAGGUGCCAAAAACUGAGUGGAAAUACAGUACUUCUUAUGGAGUUUUUAUUUCUAAGACAGUACUGCUUAUCUUCCUUGCCUCACUUAAGAAUACAAACGCCUGGAAAUGUAAACAUUAACUUAAACUCUUCACAAGGCAUCACACCUAAAAAUAAGCAUGUCAGUUCAGUCAUUUCUAACCUUCUGAAAAUGUGUUAUAUAAAGGAAAUCUUCUGGAUUACUUUCAAAGAAUGCAAUGUUGACUGCGGACAUUUGAGCAUAAGUUUCUCCUGAGAAUUUAUUCAUAGUAUAUUACAACUAAAUUUCAGUAAUGAACCUUGUGAUAUAAAUAAUGAAUUGUCUAAUAUUUGAAGGCCAGUGUGAGAUUAAAGACAAAUUAAUCGGAUUUGAUUUUGUACUUUAAUCCUGCAUUUUUAUUUUAUUAAUUUUUUUCAGUAAACUUACUCAUCUGUUCAAAUCAUGAAAUUGUUGCAUAAUUUUAUUUUUUUCGUUGUGCGAUGUUCAUGCUGUUUCCUAAAUUUUUUUUAAUGUCGGUUUAAACAUAAACUAUUAUGAACAAUAACAACAAUCAGAGGAAAUUAUAUCACAGAAGGUUUUUAUUAGAUUUCAAAAUUAGGCUCAACUCACUUAUAGUUUUUGUUAGAGAUGACAACAUAGGCUGGUUGUAAGGCUAGUGAAGACAAAGGUCAAGUGUAAAUAGCUUCAAAGUUCAUUCAUGGCUCAUGACGGAUAUUCAUUCUAUGACAUUUGAGUUCUUCUAAAUCUCCUGGAGUGUUUUCAUCAUUUUAUGUAAACAAUGACUUCUAUUAUUUACCAAUGAGAAGUAACAAUUUCUUAAAUUUCUGUGACAGUUUUAAGAUGCGGUAUAGUAUAGUAAAAACUUCUCUCAUUGAUGAGCCAUUUUAUAAUGGCUUGAAAGCAUUUGCUGUGAAGUUCCUCUGGGUCUUGGAUGAUCUGUAGUGCUGUCAAAUUGUUUUACUUUAUUUUAUCACAACUGAAAGUGUAAGUUGUUUUUUAGGUACGUGUACAGUUGCUGAUUCAUCAGAUUACAAAGCUGGCAUGAUUUUUUUACCGUAGGAGAUAGCAAGACUAUACAUAAUUGCCUUUCGAACUUAACUGUUUAUUUCAGUCCCUUGUCAUUGACCAGACGAUUGAAAAAGUGUCAUUUUGUACACCUGAUCCGGGUAACGACAGAGUCUUCUCCUACAUCUGCCGGGAAGGAACUACAAGGAGAUGGAUGUGCCACAGCUUUAUAGCUUUGAGAGACACAGUAAGUUGACACAGUAACUUACCUUCAACACUGUGGUUCAAAGUUCUCCUAGUGCUAAAAAUUGUAAGACCUGUGAGCUGUGAUCAGUGUCCAGCCACUCAGAGACAAAGAAAAAAAGAUGGAUUGGUUUGAAAUUUUAAGAUCAAAGGGGAAAAUUGAAUCACUACAUAUCUUACAUGCAGAUGAAAAUUAAAUGAUGAAAUGAUUCCCAUUUCAUUGCUCUAUGCUCAUUUUUUUCAAAUUCUUAAUUUGGUCUCCUAAAAUCAAGAAACAGUUGCUAGAGAAAAUAUUUUCCUGGACAAAGGAAACAGAAAGUAAAAUUGAAAGAGGAUACCUUUUUGCAACAUCCUAUGACAUACCUCACCACUUUUCACAGUACUUGUAUUGAAGUAAACAAAAUGGUGGGUAAUUUUCUUUGGAGAUUUAAAGGACUUUUCAAAGCUUAAUACUAGAAAAACCAACACAAAGUUCUCCUCACAGUAUCACCCCUGAAUCACACAUUAAGGUCUUUAGAAUAAAGGAAAUGAUUGCUUACUAAAGAAUCUCUUGUUAGACAAAUUCUCCUUGUCAGCAAAUUAGGAAAUGUAUAGAGAACUGUUUGGAGAAUAUGCAUACUGAUGUUAGGGUGUAAAGGGUUCGAGUGUUGUUUAUAAUUAUUUCUUCCACUUUACUGUAGACCAUGAACUCUAAGCAAAGAUUAAAACUGGCUGCAUGACCACUGAAAACAAUGGGCAAAAUUGGUGACCUUGAAAUUAGGAAGAUGGACUCAUGUGAUCAUGUUGUGAUCUAAAUAAGAACCAUUUUUUGCAGUAGUUCCUUUGAUCUAGCAGAGAAAUAGAACAGUAGUUCCUUUGAUCUACCAGGGAAAUCAAACAGGGAUCAGGAAAUUGUCAGGGAAACCUGAAAAAAUCCUAAGAGAGGAGGGAAGAGGAGAUUAUCUCCUUUGGAAGUAACAAUCCUAGUUCAUUAAUAAAACCAUUGAUACUGGGAUAAAUCCUGGUUGUAUGAACUAUUCAACACUGUCUGUAGACUUAUGAUAAGCAAAUUUUUCCUGUUUACGUAUCAGGGAGAGCGUCUUAGCCAUGCAGUUGGCUGUGCAUUCACAGCUUGUCUUCAGAGAAAGCAGAAAGCCCAAGCUCUACAGCAGCAACACAAGGAGGUCAGAGAAAGAUUAACGUUCUCUUCUGUAUUUUAGACGUAUGAAUUCUCCUUUAAUUUUAUACGUUAUUACAAUAUUCCUGAAAAUUUCAUGGGUCCUGUGUGCAGUUCUGUGGCUAGGUUAUGAGAGGCUGCUAUGAAAUGUUCAGAAGAGAAUAAACUCUUAAAGGCUCACCUAGGUUAUUUUAGACUUAGGCAUUGUACCUGAUCAUCAGCAAUUAUCAGGGACUUUUUGAUUUAAUUUGAAUCAAAAAUCAAAAAAAUUAAUACUGUGAGUCCAGGGUGAAUAUGAAAGCUUCAUAUUCUAAUGAUCUUGUUUGUGAAUAAAACAACAAAAACAUGACUGCAAUAUUUACCUUCACUUUGUUGGUCCAACAGCAACAACAACAACAGCCCCUAACCCAACAGGGUACCACUGUAGCUGCUGUAACUGGGACACCAGGUGCAGCAAGCACCAUACCAGUAGUUAAUGGCUCCAGUCCUCCAAAUCCACCUGCACAGCAGCCAUCCCCUGGACAAAUGAAACCUUCUGUCCCUGUCCCAUCUACUGUGCCAGCAUCAACCACGGCUCCAAUUGCUGCUGCAACAGUCCCAUCCAGUACAACAACUCCUCCAGUUAAGAAUGGUACUGUGACGACAGGAACACAGCAGUUACCAUCACCAGCUGAGCCAAAGCAAAACAACGCUGGUACUCCUGUACUAAAACCUCCUCCCUCAGUUGCAAGACCACGUCCACAACCUUUUCACCCUUCACCUUUUACCCGUCACAUGUCACUGAGGUACCGCUCCAAUCCUCUCUCUUUCAUGCCACUACGCAACGACACAAGUGGCUAUGAAACAUUGACAGAAGAACCAGCAGUUCCACAGUUGCCUCCGACUGUUGAUACCCUUAUGCUACAGAAAAAUACGCCCACUCCAAUUUCAACAUCAUUUGGAACACCAGUCUCUCAAGGUUCUGCAACACAGAACAGUGCUCCAAGUCAACCGCCUUCUAUGUUUAAUGGGCUGAAUACAAACUCAACAUCAACAAUACAAUCAUCCAAUGCUAUACCGAACUUAAGUCAAAGGAGUAAUGUCCCCAAUGCAGUGCCCCCAUUACAGCCAUAUCCUAUGCAGGGGGCAACCCCCCAAGUCAAUGGGUCAGGCUCAUGGAAUGUCUCAAACCAAGUACAGAGGCAGAAACCUCUAUCAGAGGCUGAAAUGUGGCUAGCAUCAGCUUCAGUUGAUACUGCACAGCCAGCCAAGACAGUGCAACCAAAUCAGGGUUUGCUGACUACUGUAAAUCCAUUUGCAGAAACGUCAUCCCAAAUUGAUGCUCUCUCAAAUGCAUGGACACAUGAUCUGCAGUCCACACUGCCUAGUGUGUCAUCACAAGGGACAACUGGCUGGUCGUCAUCAUCUCAGUGGGGAACCAGCACCACACGUCAAACAAAUGGAGAAGAUGACUUUGCAUCAUUCUUUGCUUCAAGGCAAACCAGCCCCCCUCCACAUGCACCCCUCAGUAAGAAAGAUUCCAACCCAUUCACACCAACUCAAGAUCAAGUAUUCUGGGUGUGAUGAGGAAAUUCAUGGACAAGGUGACAUUUUUAGUUCUUAGCAUCAAGUGUUCUUAGCAGGAAUUUGUACACAACUUUUUAACAUGGAUAAUGAUCGUUUGAACUUUUCAUCUCUGAGAAAAAAGAAACCAAGCCAAGCCAAGCCAAGCCAAAGUGACUGAAGUUAGUGAUGGUGACUGGGAUUUGUGAAACUGAGCAAAAAUUACCGUGAGACUGUCAAAUCAGUUUUGAAAUUGUCCAUCACUGUCAAGUCUUAUUCAGAACCACCUUCAAGCAAGUGCAAUCAUGCCAUCCGAUCAGCUCUUAAUUUCAAACAAAAUACUGUACAGAUGGAAUGGUUAUUGGAGGUUUGAAUCACCUUUUGAGCAGCAAUGGUGGAUAUUUGCUUAAGAAAAUUUUAACUGCGUUUUCUUUUAAUGAGAUUUUUACAUGUACCAUGUAGUAGUUGCUGAUUUGAGAAUUUAGAAAAACGGUGUGGGAAAUGAAGAGGUUCUGUAACACUCAACAUAACAAGAAUGUGAAAAUUUAGAAGGCUCAAGAACUUCUCUGGAAGAUAACACAUUCUUAUUUUUUUUUAAAAUAGUGUUAUUCGUUUUCAAAAGGAAUUUGGGCAAGCUGGAAAUGCAUGAAUGAUGUACGCCUAGUAUCUAAUAUAAUUAUUGUUGAUAGCUCAUAGUGCUUUAACUUCUGUAAGUAUUAUAUUCCAAAAUGUAUAGAAACCUUUUCACCUUACACACUUGGGAUUUUUUUAUUUCUUGCAUUUCACACAUGUAUAUCUCUUAGAUUUUUUGUGAAGUGGAAAUGAGGUUGCAGAGGUUCUCUUUCAUCACAAUAUGGGUAUAUAAAAAUUGUCAUACUUAUAAAUAUGUUAAUUGUACAAAAUAUAGGGUUGAUGUUUCUGAAUUUUACACAAGUGAAGGCCAUGUGAAACGACUUUACAACUGCCUUUGCACUUUAUAACUCUGUUGGCCAAUGAUAUCAUCUUGGGUUUUUAUUGCUUGAGCAUCAGCUACUGCAAAGAGACUUUGAGCUUACUUGUUAAUUAUGCCCCCCAAAAAUGGACAACUUAAAAAAAAAUUUGUUUACCUACGUGCACUUUGUACUAACAGUUAGUACAAAAUCUUUUAACAGCAAAGUUUUAUUUAAAAAUUAGAUAUCCAAGCGCAUUAUUUUUAAGUUGAAUUUAUGACAUGAAAAUGUGGUUUGUGGCAAUUACGUGAAUUAUGUGUGACAAGUCUGUUUGAAGUAUUUCAUGUAUACCAGAAAUUAACUUGGGCAGAAUGAAGAAGCAUAACCUUGUUCCAUGCUUGAUUAAACAUCAUUAGAAUUGUUUAAAAUGAUUCUUUUCAUGAUUUUAGUUUGUUAGACUUGAAGAGUUUAGGAUUUUAACCUAUCAUUUCAACUGAAAAACUGUGUACAGGAUUAAACAGACAUUGCAUUCUUACAAGUUACACUUUUUUUCUCUUGCUGAGUAUGCUGAGAAGUAUGCUGUUGAAAAAUAGAUCUGAUUACACAAGCUUGGUUGGUAUUUUCACUGCUCUGUACUUUUUUUGUCAAGAUAAAUUUUUCCUGCUUUGAAUGAAGUCAAGCUAGCCUGGAAGAGGUAACCUGGAUUGUGUAGAUUUUGUCACAAAUCACAUAAACACUGCAGACACACUUGCAUAACAGACGAAUAAAUAGAUAAAUAAAUAGAUAACAGAAAAUAAGAGGACGUGUAAGCAGCUCCAUUAGUACAGUCAGAAUAGAUGUUGGUUCCACAAUGGCAAGAUCUUGGCAAAUGGAGCUGUUUUUCAUGUAAUUGCAUUUAUUUGGGCAGCCUAGUAUAACAUGCCAAGUCUCUCUUUUUUUAACGAGCCUCUGAGGUAAAAGAAUUUAGUGGCAUAUUAUGUUUAUGUUGCAAAAAGUGAGGAAAAUUCUUCUAAAACAUUAUGUAAUUAUCUGAAGUGCAAUCACUUAUAGUAGUUUUAUUCUAAUAUAAUUUUGUAAUGUUGCCUUCCCUAAUGAGCAUUAUGUUGCACAACUGUCAAAUAGGUAUUUUGCAAUCAGUUAUGUUAUAACUGAUCCUUUGUACUGGAGAUUUUCCACUCAAAUAAUAAUAUAGCUGGUUGAUUGUGGUGUAAAUUCAAAAGUGAUGUUAUUUUAUGUUAUGAAGUCAUGUUGGAUGUGGUGCUUCAAAUCAGCAAGUGGUUAAUAGUAAAAUAGAGUAAUCCCA